AUGUCCUAUAACAACUAUCGGCAUAAUACCUAUUAUAAUGGUUAUCGACUGAGUUAUAAUGGGUACCUGGGAUAUGAUAAGCCAGGAAAUGGCCCCGGUACACCUAAUGGAUCAAAUAGUUAUAGACCUUAUAAAUCAUACCCCUCCACCUCAGGUCCAAAAACUGAUAAAGUUGAUAAAACUCCUUCAACUGAUGAUACUACUGGCAUAAAGAAGAAUGAGUUGACAGGUACUAACAUGAUAACCGGGGAAAACAGCCACGAUAGUCAGUUUGACAAACUUUUGAUCCAUGCAGAUUAUUUAACCUCUAAGCUUGAAAAAAUCAGAGAUCGUGAUAUUUCAAGGAACUUUAAAGUGGUUUAUGAUCCUGAAUUGGAUAAAGCUUUAAGUAAAAGUGAAAAGAAGGCCAAAUCUAAGAAGUUUCACAGAGUUCAAGACUUAGUAGAAGUUAAAGAUCCAAGAUUAACAUUCAAUGGAAAAUUAGAAUCUUACUUGAAUAAACCUAACAAAAGAUCAAAGAAAUUCCCCUUUAAACAAUUACCACAAACAAAAUUCGUUUAUGAUGAACAUUCUUUAGGUGCUGAACCUUUGAGUGAAUUAGUUAUUUGGGAUUUACCUUCGAACAUCAAUGAAGUUUAUCUCACUAACUUUAUUCAAAGAUUUGGUAAUCCUAUAAAAGAUUUGAAAUUUGUCAAUGAUGAAGAGAAUGGUGUACCGUUGGGGAUAGUUACGUUUAAAUUUCAAGGGAAUCUUGAAAAAUCUUCAAGAUUAGCCAAUAAAUUGAUAACUGAUGCUGCUAGAUCAGGUAUCAAGUUAGAUGGAAUUAAAUUGAACAUCGGAUUAAAUGAUCACGACAAUAAGUUACUCACUUCAAAAAGGAAGUUGGCAGAAGGUAAGUUAAGGGCAGAAAGACAGAAAAUUCAAGAAGAAGAAAGAGCUAAAUUCGAAGAAUUAAAGAAGAAAAAGGAAGAAGAAUUGAAAAGGAAGGAACAGGAACUCAAAGAGAAAGCUAAAGAAGAAGAAUUCACCAAAGAGUUAACCCCAAGAGAUAAAGUUGAAACCAACAUCACCAUAACAUCCAUUAAGAAUAAUAGACGUAAAAUCUCAGGUUAUCAUUUACCAUCUGACCUUAACAAAUAUAUCAAAGAUAGACCUUAUAUCAUCAUUUAUGACAAAUAUUUAUCUACCAAAAGAGUGUCAUCACAAGAUUUGAAGAAGGUGUUGAGUAAAUAUAAUUGGACAAGAAUCUUAUCAGAUAGAUCAGGGUUCUUCAUAGUGUUCAAUUCUUUGAAAGAAUGUGAACGUUGUUUUUAUAAAGAAGAUGGUAAGAGAGUGUUUGAGUAUAACAUUUUCAUGGAAUUGUGUGUUCCUUUAAAUUUCAAAGGAGAUUCUAAGAGCAAUAAAGAGAAUUCUGAUUCAGUUAAUGAAGCUACUAAUAUGUUGAUUAAAGAUUUCGAGAGUUAUUUAACUAAAGAUAUUAGAGAAAGAAUCAUAGCACCAGCAAUUUUGGACUAUUUAAGUGAUGAUUUAUACCCAGAAAUCAUUAAGGAUUUGAAAGCUAAAGAAAUUCAAAAAGUAACACCAGUUGUUUCUAACGAUACUUUAAAAGAGAAAGCUUUGUCGAUAUUGUCAUUACAAAAGAAGACCGUUCUUCCGUCAUUUAGAAAGAAAAUUACUGCACCAAAAAGAUUAGGUAUUUCCAAAUUGAAUGAUAAAAAGAAAACCAUCAUUCCAAUGCUGCAUGCCCUUAACUUUGAUAACGAAGAAAGUGAUAGUGAUGAAGAAUCCUCGAGAUCAUUGACUCCUGUAGCUCCAUUGAAAAGACAAGUUAGUGAGACCAGUAUUGAAGAAGAACCUAAAAAGAAGGUCAGACGAUCGUUCCUUUAUGAUUCUUCUGAUGAAGAUCAGCCAGAAAAAAUGGAAAUUGAUGAGGAGAUUGGUGAGCAGGAUGAAGAAGCUAUUGAAGAUGAUAAAAAUGAAGUUGAUUAUUCACAACUUGAAGAAAUUUAUCAACCAACCUUUGACUUCCCUCGUCCAACAUAUGAAGGCUUCAUUCCUAAAAGGUCAAAAUUCGAUUUAUCCCAAUUCCAAGAUUUUAUCAAAGAUGAAGAAGAUUUCCAAUUGGUCAAAGAACUUUAUAAGGAUGUGAUCCCUGCUUCAAUCAAGAACAUUGAAUAUUGGGCAUGGAAAUUGAAAACCGGUGGUAAUGAAGGUUUGGUUACCGAAAUAGAUAAUGAUGUAGACACUUUACCUUCUCAGUUCAAUUCAGUUACUGGAUCGUUCAAAAGUGAUGGAUACAGAAAGAUUAAUGAUAGUGAUAAGAUUGCAUACUUACCCCAUAGAAAGAAGAUCCAUAAACCAAUCAAGACCAUUCAACAUGAAGGUGAUGAUGAUUUUGAAAUGGAAUCAACUCCUUCUUUGACCACCACCAAUAAUAAUACCAACAAUACCAAAGAUACCAAUCAAAACCAGAACCAUUCUUCGAGAGUUAAUAGAGCAAAUAAUAGAAGAUUGGCUGCUGACAUCAGUGCCCAAAAACAAAUGAUUGGUUCAGAAAGUGAUAUUUUGAACUUGAAUGCUUUAGCUAAACGUAAGAAACCAGUAACUUUUGCUAGAUCAGCUAUUCAUAAUUGGGGUUUAUAUGCAUUAGAUCCAAUUGGAGCCAAAGAAAUGAUUAUUGAGUAUGUCGGUGAAAGUAUUAGACAACAAGUAGCUGAACAUCGUGAAAAAUCUUACUUGAAAACUGGGAUUGGUUCAUCAUAUUUAUUCAGAAUCGAUGAGAAUACUGUUAUUGAUGCCACUAAGAAAGGUGGUAUUGCAAGGUUUAUCAAUCAUAGUUGUAGUCCAAGUUGUACCGCUAAAAUCAUUAAGGUUGAAGGUAAGAAGAGAAUUGUUAUUUAUGCCUUGAGAGAUAUUGAAGCUAAUGAAGAGUUGACCUAUGAUUACAAGUUUGAAAGAGAAACUAACGAUGCUGAACGUAUUAGAUGUCUUUGUGGGGCCCCUGGGUGUAAGGGUUAUUUAAAUUAG